UUCGUAUCUCAGACACUUGCUGCCUAAAACUUGAUUUUUAUUAUUUGUUGCCUCUCAGUUUUGCGAUUUCCCAUAUUGUACACACACUGAUAAGGAAAGAGAAUCAACCACAGACCCUUUGGAAAGUGAAACUGUUGCGUUGUCCGAGGAACAUUGAAUCAUGAAUGUGCUGUGUUUCUUGCCGCUGCUGCUGCUCGUCACUUGGCUGCCGCUGGACACAAAAGCGGCCAAUAUACUGUGCCUCGUGGGCACUGCCCGUCACAACAAUCCGGGAUGGACGCAGCCCCUCUUCGAGGCGCUGGCUGAACGCGGCCACAGCCUCACGGUGCUGAGCAGUGCUCCAGUUCCAAAAACAAAUAUCGAGGGCAUCACUGUGUUCACGCUGCCCAACGAAUACGAUGUGCUGCAGAAGUACUUUGUCAGCCGCACGGCCUCGUAUAGCUCGGUGUUUACAGCACUGCAGAUUUUGGUGUGGCACGAGGCUCCUUUGGGAGGCUGCCGCGCGGUGAUGGAGUCACCGGUGCUGGCAAAGCUGCGGGCCCAGCUGAUCGACGAGGUAGUCGACCAAGAUCUGAUCAUCUCCGAUGCCACUAAUGGCAUAGAGUGCCUGCUGCCGCUGGUGCCCAAGCAUCGUUCCAUACCCAUUCUGGGGGUGAGUGGCGGCAAGCUGACAGCGGAACUAUUGAAGUUGGUCCGGGCCGAGGACACCAUCAAUGUGGCAAGGAUUCCACACCCCAUUAGCCAGCUGCCCGAAGACAUGGACUUUGUGGGGCGCCUACAAAACAGUGCCCUGCAUCUAGCGGAUAAAUUACUUCGUUGGACCGAUCUUCUACCUAUUUCCAGGGGCGCAUUUGUGCCCACAGAUCAUGCCUAUCCACCCCUUAAGCUGAUGCUACUGAACACACACUCCACCCUGGAUUAUGCCCAGAAUCUGCCUGGCAGCGUGAUUGAAGUGGGAGGACUCCACAUUUGGACCCAGUCGAGGCCCCUGCCGUCGAACAUACAAAAGUUCGUGGAUAAAUUCAUCGAUGCGAUUAUCUACAUUAAUUUUCCGCACAUUGAUUUAUUCUUUGGCAUCGGCACCAAAGCCGUGCUGCACAUGGCCCGGCGGCAUCCCACCUACGGCUUCGUCUGGAAUGUGGAGAAUGUCAAGGAGCUGCCCGAGCAGAUGGACAACAUUUUGACGCUUCAUGUGGAUGCAAGACUGCAGCAGGACAUCCUAGCCCAAUCCGGUGUAAAAUGCUUCCUCAAUCAUGGCGACAGUUUCAGCCUGCAAGAGGCCAUCUACUAUGCCGUGCCCGUGCUGGUUAUCCCCCUGAUACUCGAACAGUUCAAUAAUGCUCAGCGCAUCGAGGAACGCAAUCUAGGUGUCGUACUCUCGACGAACACUUUCUUUGAGCUGACCAUGGCCAGAACCCUCAAACGUCUCCUCAAGCAUGAGGAAAUUCGCACUGCUGUGUCCCAGGCUCAAGUCAAAUUCCGCACACGUCCCAUGCCGCCGCUGGAGCACGCCGUGUGGCACGCGGAGCAUCUGAUCAACGAACCCGAACUCUACAGCCACCUCGCCAGGCCAUCCGUCCACUUUGUGGUGUCCCACUCGCUGGACACUUUGUCUAUUCCAGCUAUAGCUUUGCUGAUAUUCCUGGGCAAUGUGCUCGUCCUAGUGCUUCAGUUAGUGCAAUCGAACGCGGAGUCCCGGAAAGUAGGCAGGCAGAUCGCUUGGGAGUCCUUGAAUGAAUUUUCAACUCACGCUGAGAAUGAGGGUCGCCCUCCAGAAGUGGAAGCUCCAAAAAUUGAUGCUAAUAUGGGACAGCGAAUGGAGAGUGUCCUGGAGAAAAAGAAGGACUGAAUACUUGCUACAUUAAUUGAUCCUAACCUAAUGUAUUUCCCAAGAAAAACUGUCGAUUAAUUAAUAUAUGCAUUUCUGAUUUAAG